CUCGUUGGUUUUUUUUGUGGGUUAUUGCGGUUUUUUGGUGAAAACCAAAUAACCUACAAAAGAUACACAGCUGAUUUUUACUUUGAAAAUUGUAGAUAGUUGAGUGUUGUGACGGAAGAGCGGUUUUGGGGAGAAUUGAAGGGAGAGGAUCAUCGGUUUAUUUGAGGAAUCGUCGGUUGUAAGAAAUGGCUGAGGGAAUAGCUCCGCUGACUGGAGAUGUUUGUUGGGGAGUUUUAAUGAAAAACUGCGAGAAUCGUGUGCCCAAUGAAAUUAAAGCCCACGUGGUGCCUAUUUGCAGAGCCCUUGAGGGUGCAAUCAGAUCUAAUGAGAGACCAUCACCUGAAUGGAUUGAGAAAACAUUGCUGAGAUUGGAGGCUUGCGUGGAUAGAACUUGGGAAGCAUUGAAUACUGGACAUUGGAAAGAUGUGGAAAUGAGGCACAGAUAUUGCUACACAAUUUGUAGCGUAUUGAAGUGUAUAGUUUUAGAAAUGAGUUCCCAAGGUGUUGAAGACCACUAUAAAACCGAUAUAACAACAAAAAUGAUUGAGCAAGUCGACAGGGGAUUGCUGCUGGGUGCUCCACUCGACGACAUCCCCCAUUUGUUGACGAGAAUCGCCUCUAGACUGAACGAAAAAAUGUGCUCUGUUGUAAGCAAAAACUCUGGUAUUUUGCAAUGUGACUCGACAAAUGUUCCUAAGAAUCUCUUGCGUGGAUUGGAAUGGGUUCAACGAUAUAAAUCUCCAUCGAUGGAGACAUUCUAUCGUGAUAUUUUCGUGAAGAAAAGCCCUGCAGUAUUAGAAGGAUGUAUAGACCACUGGAAAGCUUUAACUCUAUGGAAAGACCCCAACUACCUCAUAAAAAUAGCUGGAACCCGUACAGUUCCCAUAGAAAUAGGUUCAAAAUACACUGAAGAAGACUGGUGUCAACACCUCAUUACCCUCUCAGACUUUAUUAAAUCACAUGUUACAAAAAACAAUGAUAAAGUUGGAUAUCUCGCGCAACAUCAGCUCUUCGAACAAAUUCCAGAACUGAAAGAAGACUUUUCAAUUCCCGACUACUGCAGCUUCUCUGAUAAUUCUGAAGACAGUCUGCCUGACACUAACGCCUGGUUCGGCCCCAAAGGAACAGUCUCACCUCUUCACUAUGAUCCAAAAAAUAAUCUCCUGUGUCAGGUUUUUGGUUGCAAACGAGUGAUACUUUAUCAUCCAAAUGAUAGUAGAAAUUUGUAUCCAUACGAUACGAGGUUGUUAUCCAACACAGCACAAGUGGAUCCGAUAAAUCCUGAUUAUGUUAAUUUCCCUGAUUUUAAAAAUGCUCAAGGAAUAAUGUGUUAUCUUAACGAGGGAGAAAUGCUAUUCAUUCCUCCAGGAUGGUGGCAUCACGUUGUGAGCCUGUCUCCAUGCUUUUCUAUUAGUUUCUGGUGGUAAUUACCAAUAAAAAAAAUGUAUGAAAGAAAAUAAUAAUCUGUAUUAUUUAA